AAUGACCAAUAACGUCUCCGGUACUUCCACCAAUGGAAUUGAACUAGUACCAGGUCUCCUCGGUCCUGUGACCCUUUCGUCAAAGCGAAGUCGUGUGACGCCAAAGCGUUGGCAGCCAAAUUAGCAGAUGUCAUGAUGAAGCCACUUCUAUCUGUGUUUAUAUGGCUCUUGGUGCUCGUAGCCGUUGGCGAAUCUUCAGAUACAGUAUGCUAUGGCGACUAUGGGUGCUUUUCUUCCGCACCUCCAUUCGACUGUCUUUAUAUGGAACUUCCCCAAACUCCGUUAGAAAUCGCGACGAGUUUCACCCUCUUUACACCAGAGAUGCAAGCGGGAGAACGUCUUGAUCCCAAACGACUAGCGAGGAACUCGACUGCUUUUCGCGGCGAUCGUAAACUCGUCUUAAUUAUCCACGGCUUCAUGCAGAGCGGGAAUGUGUCCUGGAUACGCGUCAUGCGGGACGAGCUGCUCAAAAGAGAACCCAUGAACGUGAUAACCGUAGACUGGCAAUCUGGAGCGGACGGGCUAAAUCUGUACCACGUGGCCGCUGGAAAUACUAGGGUGGUGGGAGCACAGCUCGCCGAACUCAUCACUACCAUACAACGCGUUUUCGACUUUGAUUUGCGCCGUGUGCAUUUGAUUGGGCACAGUCUAGGUGCGCAUGUGGCUGGGUACGCGGGAGAGAGGCUGUCUGGGAAGGUCGGAAGGAUAACAGGCUUGGAUCCGGCACGCCCCGGCUUCGACGUGAGCCACGCGGCCGUGAGACUGGACCCUAGCGACGCUUUAUUCGUUGACGUCAUUCACACAGACGCUGGCACUAAUUUUUUGGAGGGGAGCCUGGGGUUGAGUAGACCAUGUGGUAACCUGGAUUUUUAUCCAAAUGGCGGGAAGUCUCAGCCUGGCUGCACCUACAUCAGGAACGUACAAGACGUACUUGCAAAGAUACGUAGCAUGCGCAACGUACCAAUUGCGUGGCUCUUCGCGUGCGAUCACAUGAAGGUAAUCAACUUCUUCACCGAAUCUAUAAACAGCGCAUGCGCUAAUCUCGCAAUGCCUUGCGACUCCUGGGAGGACUUCAAAGAGGCCCGAUGCUUUGGUUGUAACGGAGCGUGCGCACGUAUGGGAUAUGACGCUGACCAGAACGCUCCAAAUGUCACAGGAAAGUUCUUCAUGUUAACUACAGCAGAGCCCCCAUUUUGCACACCGCCGUACAGCUUUAGUGUUGUACUGUCUGGUCUGAAGCCAGGUUCUAGUCUUUUCUUUGUGUUGACAAGCAAGAAGAUAAAGAUCACACUCAUCGGUAGUGAAGGCUCAGUAAUAUUACCCAAACCGGUGUAUUUGGAUGAUCUGGGCUCCGUGGAGUCUGGUCGGGUCAGUCUGAUAGUUCCGAGUAAGGUCAACCCAGGAAACCUCGUCAAACUAGUGUUGCAGUACAUUGGACAGGCACUCUUCAUCGACAGAGUGACAGUGCGCGACGAAAGACGACGCACAUACACGGCGUGCUUUAACAAAACCAUUUACUCCUUUUACACAUACUCGACGUACAGAGUCCCGCUGACCAUAGGGUCAGACUGCAAGUGAGCAAAGUAUACAUUAAACGAGGUUAACUCGCUGUGCAUUUAUUUCAAGGAUACAAGCCUUUCACCGCCUUGAGUUAUUUAGACUCAAGUGUUUAAAAUCUUUAGCAAAUAAAUAUGAGAAGGAAUAAAAAGUAUGUAAUCUCU